AUGUUGAUUUUAGUGCUAAAUAAACAAGGACUAAGAAUAAUUGAAGAACACAUUCUUCUAGAUGGUUCACCUAAGAGUCCACUUGACUUUAUCCGAGUUCAAAUUGCCAAUGUGGACUCAAAUUUUGCCGAUGCCAUAUCGGAGAUUGAGAAGAUUAAGGUUGAGGGACGAAUGAAGGAUGGAAUUCCCCACUUGACCAAAGUUGGAUCUUUUGAGGUUGAUGUGAGCUUGGAAGAUCCUAUUCAGACACCACUGAUUUGCAGAUCCAUCAUGGAUUUCAUGAAAGUCUUCGAUCAAACUGUCCGCGAAAUAAAGAGAGAGGUCAAUCUCAAGGUCUUGAAGGUUCCUGAAAUCGAACAGAAGGUGUUGGAUGCCACUGACGAUGCGCCAUGGGGUCCACAUGGAUCUGCAUUGGCUGAGAUUGCCCAGGCUACUAAAAAAUUCACGGAAUGUCAAAUGAUUAUGAAUGUUCUGUGGACGAGGUUAGGUGAGACGGGGAAGGACUGGCGUCUUGUUUACAAGGCAUUGACUGUUGUAGAAUAUUUGGUGGGACAUGGAUCUGAUCGUGCCGUUGAUGACAUAAUAGAACAUACAUUCCAGAUCUCAUCGCUCUCAAGUUUCGAAUAUGUUGAGCCAAAUGGAAAGGACUCGGGACUUAAUGUGAGGAAGAAGGCUGAAAGUAUUGUAGCCCUUUUGAACAAUAGGGAUAAAAUUCAAGAAGUCAGAAAUAAGGCUGCCGCUAACCGUGAUAAGUAUAUCGGUCUUUCAUCUAGUGGAAUAUCUUAUAAGCCAAGUUCAGCUUCUUUUGGUAGCAGCAGCAGCUUCCAAAGUAGAGAUCGCAAGGAUCAAGAUGAUAUGUCUUCUCGUGCAUCAAAGACAUCUGCUAACCUAAAUGCCUCUGAUAAGAAAAACUCAGUUUCAAGUAAUUAUGAUGAUGAUGAUUUUGAUCCCCGGGGAACCUCCAGUUCUAAUUUUGCUACUCAAACCUCUACCCAAGUUGAUUUGUUUGGAGAAAGUUUGAUUGGUGAUCUCAUGGAUGCACCAACAUCUGUUCCUACAGAAGCAUCAGUCAUGAAUGGGAAGUCAGCAGAGGUUGAUCUGUUUGCUGAUGCAGCUUUUGUAUCAGCUCCUCCCCAAGUUGGAAAGGAAGCAAGUUCACUGACUCAGACAAAGGUUGAUCUGUUUGCUUCCCAACCUGCCAACCCUUCUGCAGUUCCAUCAACAUUUGACUUCUUUACUAGUGAUGAACCAGUUGUGCAAACCGAGAUCAAGACUCCCAAAUGUGAUUCUCCAGACACUAAUGUCAUCGACCCAUUUGCUGCAGUUCCGAUGAACAAUUUUGAUGGAUCUGAUCUUUUUGGUGCUUUCACUUCUAAUUCUAAUCCAGCUUCUACAGAACCGACACAAAGUCCUAUUAAUGAUGGCAGUCCGAACAAUUUGGAUGGGAAGUCUUUGGCAAGCUCCAAUCCUCCACAAAAGGAGGAGGGUUUCCAGGUGAAGUCUGGAAUAUGGGCAGAUUCACUAAGCCGUGGACUGAUUGAUCUUAAUAUAUCAGCUCCCAAGAAGGUGUCCCUUGUCGAUGUUGGUGUCGUGGGUGAUCUUACUGAUGGACUAGAUGAAAGGGAAAAAGGACCUCCAACUUCAUUCUAUAUGGGAAGAGCGAUGGGCAUGGGGUCUGGCCUUAGUAAAUCUGGGUUUACGUCUUCACAGUCACAAGCAACCGGUGGAGAUGAUUUCUUCUCAAGCCUUGAUGUUUCAAUUGCUGAGCGUAUUGGUGUGCUUUCUCUUGUCCACAAUUACAAGAAAACAACGUGGUGA